AUGCGUCCGUUGCUAAUCUCACUUAUUGCUCUCCUGUCGUUGGUUGCGGCACGUAGCAAAGAGUGGGCAACUCAGCCUUCUGAAAUGAGUGAAGCUUCAGCACAAGCAUCUCGUCCAUAUCGAGUGAAAAUGACAAGCCCACAUCCAUUUGCCAGACAAAUUGGACCUCCAAUGAACGUGAAACGAGUCAUUACACCCGUUCCAAAAGUGUUCAAGACAUCCGACAAGCUCUCGCAGCUAUCCUACGGCAAGCAAGACAACUUGCAAAACUGAGAAACGAAAAUAGCCGGAGACGGCCCAAGCGAGCGGUAGGACCUUCAUAUCUUACUGCGAACAAACGGGAUUGGAAACGCCACAACCGUCGCCCAGGUCCUCAGUACUUGCUACGGAUUUAAACAACGCGAAGCUUUAUUACUAUUUGAACAACUCCGACGGAUAGCCCUCCCUAGGGCCACUUAAACC